AUGCGAGUUUUUAGAAAGUUUAGUAUUUCUCCUUGGAUAACUUACCCAGUAGACGACAUAACAGCCACAAAGACUCGAAUUUUUUAUUCCCUUCUCAGCGACAACACAAUGCUUAAAUUCACACCUGUAAAAGCCGUGUUUUCUAGGAGAAAAGAAGAAUUUUUAGUUGUAAAAAGAAAAGGGUUUAUGAAGGUCGAAUUUAUCCCUCGAAAAAUCGACGCAAAUAAUUUUGGUAAAAUUGAAAAUGACUAUGAUAGCGCCAAAUUGUUUCAGCUGCAGCCUGAAGAUAUAGAUAGCUUACUUACAUCAAAAGAAGGCACAUAUGAGUAUAAGCAAAAAAUUAAAAAGAACUUCAGAGUCCUCAGAGUGGAGAAAACUGCAGGAGACUGAAAAUGGGCCGUUGCACAAACAAGUAUAAGUCCGACUGGAAAUCAGAUCACAAGUGGAAAUGGGAAAACUGAAGGCCCUGAGGUUGUUGUGAAUGCACAAGAAAUGUUUAUUAUAAAGCACUUUUUCAAUGUAAAGGAUAUUUAGUUUACAAUUCCUUAUUUGAUGGGCUGGCAAGUAAUUAAAGAUGAUGGUCUGGCCAAGUUUAGUAUGGAAAGUCAUGAUGAAAGCUUGAUUUUUGAUGAAGAAACUUUAACUAGCAAUUAA